CACCACAAUCAUCACCUCCUGAAUAAUCAUUUUCAGUUUUCUGAACAAUGAAACUCCGAAUAGUACGUUUCACAAUAUUUCCGAAAAGUUUCGUAUGGCCUCCUGUGUUUUUAUUUUAAGAAGUCUCCUAACCUUUAGUUGACGUCUAACCUCAAAAGUGGGUUUGCAAGUGUCUUUACGUAGCUAAAUUUCUAAAUUUUUCCGUCUUUGGAAGUGUUUUUUUCGUGUUCUAGUGCAUGUGUACCCAGUGGAUUGUAGUGAAUAAAUAAUUAUGCAUUUUCUAUUUUAAACAAUUCCAAACAAAUAUUCCAUGAAAUGUCAACUGAAACAGUGCAUGGGAAUGCCGCUAAAAAGUUCGCUGAAGAUUCAGCCUUAUCGCAUGAUUCCGAAUUUGACGAUUUUCUUGGUGUACCUGAUUCGUUAGAAAUAACAAUUAAUGAAAAUGGAGAAACUAUAAGUAUUCGAAACGAUGGUAUCGAAACCACUGAUAACAGAGAUCGCCUUGGCGUUUGCGUAUUGCCUUUCUCUGUUAUCCACAACCCGCCAAUUAAAUUCAAAAGUCCAAAUCGAAACGUGUUCAUUCCUGGAGAACAAAUUCAAGUAAAAAUUGUUGACUUUGAGCGAAGUGUGACAACGCAUCCUGUAAAUCCAAAUUUGUAUAUCAUAGAAUUCAAGCAUGGUCCAUUUGUCUGGACAGUUAGAAAAAGAUACAAGCACAUCCAGCAUCUUCAUAAUCAACUUAAAAUAUAUCGUGCCAGUCUAAAUAUACCCUUUCCGACCAAAAGUCACAGGGAAAAGAGACAUAGUUUUAAAAAUUUGUCAACUGAUAGAGAACAACGUCAAAGAAAAGGAGCACUCCCAAGAUUUCCCAACAAACCGGACGUUUUAGUACCCUAUGAACAUGUAAAUAAUAGAAUGAGAGCCUUGGAAGAUUAUCUGGACAAUUUGCUGACGAUUGAAAUCUACAAGCGACACCCGGAAACUUUGAGCUUUUUGGAACUCUCACAUUUAUCUUUCGUCGGAGAUCUUGGAGGAAAAGGCAAGGAAGGUUUAGUUAAAAAAAGAACUGGAUCUGGUGCAAAGGCUGGAUGUAACUUCCUUGGAUUACUUGAAGGAAUGUGUUGCGUUAGAUGUAGUCAAUUUUGCACUUCUCUCUGUGGAAAGUGGCACGCGAGACAUCUGAUCGUAAAAGAUACUUUUGUAACUUAUGUCAGUCCGAGCGACGGAAGAAUCAAAGCUGUGAUUUUAAUGGACAAUGGUUUUGAAGUUAGUUCGGGAAUGUAUUCAACGGGAUUGAGAAAUGGCUUGCAGAUCAUGAAUUUAAAUAGGCACAUCGUUAUUAAAUGUUGGACGAGGCGAAAAGCGAAAGAGUGGUUGGAUUACAUACAGCGUCUCGCCGCCGAAGAAGGCAAGUACUUCAUACAGGCGAAUCCUCACAAGUCCUUCGCCCCCUGUCGUUCUCCCGUUCCAGCCACUUGGUUCGUCGACGGUUCCAGUUACAUGUCGGCCCUCGCGGACGCUUUGGAAGCCGCAACUGAAGAAAUUUUCAUCGCGGACUGGUGGCUUUCCCCUGAAAUUUUUCUUAAACGACCUGCGACUGAGGGGGAUUACUGGAGACUGGAUAGAAUUUUGGAAAGGAAGGCUAUUGCUGGCGUGAAAGUCUUCGUGAUGAUUUACAAAGAAGUGGAACUGGCCCUGGGGAUAAAUAGUUUUUACAGCAAGCAGAAACUUGUGGAAAAGUGUCCGGAAAAUAUAAAAGUAUUGCGGCAUCCGGAUCACGCGAGAGUUGGGGUUUUUCUCUGGGCCCACCAUGAAAAGAUUGUGAUUGUCGAUCAAUCAGUCGCCUUUCUUGGCGGAAUUGACCUCUGUUACGGAAGGUGGGACAAUCACGAACACAGACUCACUGAUUUAGGCUCCACUCAUCAAUCCACGAUUUAUAUUCCGUCAAAGGGAAAACUGACUAGCACAAGUAGCAAACACGCAAAUCAGAAUAGCAAAUCCCACAAACAUGUGCUGCUCUCUCUUGCCAUCGCCACAAAUACAGUCGCAAUGGCAACAACAAAGUGUCUUCCAGUUCUGCCAGUGAUUAGUAAACGGAAACAAAUCUUCAGUCCACUUCCUCAAUUGAAAGCUGGAGAUCCUUUGAUGCUUUCGCCGCCAGAUGGAUACGAAAGUUUUAAAUGCAACACUCCCGAUCCACAGAGAAAAAAUUUAUUUGAGAUGGCGAAAACGACUGUCGACAAAGUCAAACAUAACGUGAAAAUGAAGAGAAAAGAGUGGAUCAAUAUGGUUUAUAGUCCACAUGAAGGCAGCAGCGAUGAAGAAGACGUUGUUGAUGAUGGGAUGAUGAGAACUCCACUAGGCGACGGAGAGGGUAUGAUUUACAACCGGGAAGACGUCUAUCCGGAAUUGUCAGGAACCUCGAAACUUUGGCUCGGAAAAGACUAUACAAAUUUUAUUGUCAAGGAUUUUCAGAAUCUCGAAAGUCCUUAUCAAGAUCUGGUCGAUAGGAGCACAACUCCCAGAAUGCCUUGGCACGAUGUUGGAAUUAUGGUCCAACAUGCCACCGCAAGAGACGUCGCUAGACAUUUUAUACAAAGAUGGAACGCUAUAAAGAUCGAGAAAGCCAAGUUGAAUCCAACUUAUCCCUUUUUAUUGCCAAAGUCCUACAAAAAUUAUGCAGGAUAUUCUCCACUCUUUGAAAAAAGCAAAAUGCAUAAUGUUAAAUGCCAAGUUCUGCGAUCUGUAAGUUCAUGGUCUGCUGGAUUUUUGGAAGCGGAUACAAUUGAGCAGAGUAUUCACGAGGCUUAUAUUCACGCAAUCAGUAACGCACAACGGUAUAUUUAUAUCGAGAAUCAGUUCUUCAUUACCCUCGCUAAUGUGGAAAGCACGACAGUGAAAAAUCGAAUCGGCGAAACCUUGUUGAAAAGAAUUUUGCGAGCUCAUCGGGAAGGUUCAGUUUUUCGAGUUUUUGUUGUGAUGCCACUGUUGCCUGGAUUCGAGGGAGAAGUUGGAGGAGCAACGGGAACAGCUCUUCAUGCGAUCACUCACUGGAAUUACGCCUCCAUAUCCAGAGGGAAGGACGCGAUUUUGAAUCGACUGAUCGAGGCUGGGAUCGAGGAGCCCAGCGAUUACAUUACAUUCCAUGGUUUGAGGACCCACGCGAUGCUGAAUGGUUCUCUCGUUACGGAACUGAUAUACGUUCAUAGCAAAAUAAUGAUUGUGGACGACAAAAUCGUCAUUUGCGGAUCGGCUAACAUCAAUGACAGGAGCAUGAUUGCUUCCAGGGAUAGCGAAAUUGCUGUUCUUAUAGAGGACCAAGAGUUUACUGAAGGGCGAAUGAAUGAGAUGUCAUUCGAUUGUGGAAGAUUUGCCGGAUCUCUGAGAAAACAGCUUUUUCGAGAACACCUUGGACUCUUGUGGUCAGAUGAGAAGCUAAAUAUUGAUGAUAUUGUGAAAAAAUCAUUCUACAAAGACGUCUGGUGUGCCAGAAGUAAAAAAAAUACCGAAAUCUUCGAAGAAGUUUUCCGGUGUAUUCCAACAGACAAUGUAGUUAAUUUUUCGAUACUAAAAUCUUAUCAAAACGAGACACCAUUGUGUUCUUCUGACCCCGUCAAGGCUGGAAAUAUGCUUGCGGAAAUCAGGGGUCACAUAGUGGACUUGCCGCUCAAAUUUUUAUGCAACGAAACACUGAAACCAAAUGCUGGGACCGUUGAAGGAAUGAUGCCAACAUCCCUCUGGACAUAAAAAAACCGACAGUAUUGAUAGUUAAAUGAUUUCAUAAAGACAGAACAAUAGCUAGGGUAGACUUAAAAAAAUUUCUCCAAUUUUAAGAUAAUAUUUCUUUCUACAAUUUUAAUAAAACGGCGGCAGAAAUACUUUUAAUCCCACCUUCAAUUUCCAGUUAUGAACGAAACAGUAUUCUGUUUGUGCAGUU